AUGGAUCCACAUGACCCCGCUGCAUCGCUCGGCUUGGUCUUGCAUUGGCUCAGCUCGACGAUGGACGAAGUUGAACUCCAAGAUAUCUUUGCCAUCUCGCGCCGCGCAUAUGCCCAACCGUGGACCAGAGGCAGGAAGGCGCUUUCGGCCGUCCUCAAACAGCUCCCAAGCGCCAAAAUGUACUGGCCGACUGGAGAAGAAAGCUCACCCGAUAAAUACUACUACCGUAACAUAUUGACGUUUGCGCCUGAUGGAACGAUCUUUGGUGGCUACUCCAUGUUACCCGGAGACUGGGACGAUGGCAUUGGCAGUACAACGGUCGAUUACUUCUACAGGAACUUACUCGGACGGACUCCAGCUGGAUAUCGACUGAUCAGCGAUGUCGGAUUACCCAACACAUCGAAGGAACUCCGAAACCGCAUCCUAGCCCCGAUCCAAGGACGCAGCCAGCUACCGGACCCACCGCGCGUAAUAUGUCGCAUCAGGCCGUUCAAUGAACAAGUCCAAUCAGCUCAGCAUGUUGCAAAAUGGAGCAAACACUUCAUCCUAGACUCCUUCGAGAGGCUCAGACAACCGUUGCGCAUGGAUGAACGUGAACUGCAGGCUGAGAUUUGGCAAACUGCGGCUCGUUUGCACAAAUUCCGCUGGCGCUUGGCCCAGACUCGUCGGACCCAGGUCAUCUAUCAAUCGGUUUGGAACGAAAACUGGCUCCCAGAGGUUGGGCUUGACCAGAGUGCGAUUUGUGAAAUUGAACCGCCCUGCCGCGUCCGUCGAUAUUAUCACGCUCAAGAAUGGUUCUAA